AUGGAGCAGCAGCUGCAGGCCCGCCUCCAGCAGCAGCAGGCGCUCCACAGGAUGAUGCAGCAGCAGCGCCAGGGCGGGGCCGCGCCCAUGGGCAUGCCCGGCGCCGCUGGCCAGCCGGUCCCAGCCGGCAUGCAGGCCAGACCCCCCAACGGCGGUCCCAUGGCUGCCGGGUCGCCCGCACAUGCUCAGAUCGGCACCCCAGGCGUACCAGACGGACGGAGGUCGGUGGGCCCGAUCGCCGGCCCGCAGCCGGACCCGAAUCGCCCCGAGCAAGUCGCAGGCGUCUUGCCUACCACUCAGCUGCCACCGCAGCCCGGAGCCGGCCCCCAGGGCCACCCUCACCAGCCGCAGCCGCAGCCUCAGCCGCAAGCGCAAGGUCAGCAGCAGCCGCAGCAGCAUCCGCAGCUGAACCCGCAGCAGCAGCAGGCUGUCUUCAACCAGUACCAGAGCGUGCAGGCCGCGAUGCGAGAGGAGUGGAUGAAGGCGCAGAACGCACCCAACCCCACCUCGGCGCAGGACUUCUAUGCCAACGUGCAAAGCUAUCAGGCCAAGGCGCAGUCGCUGCAGGCGCUCCUCCGUGCGCAGACCAACUUUUCUCCGCAGGGUCAGCCGGGCGGACCGGCCCAGGCUUUGCAGCAGCAAGCGCAGCAGCAGCAGCAGCAAGGCCAGCAGCCGAUGGCCCAGCAGCAACAGCCGCAAACGCCGCAGCAGCAGCAAGCAUCCUCGCUCCAGCUCCAGCAGCAGCAGCAGCAGCAGCAGCAACAACAACAAAUGCAGAUGCAGCAGCAGAUGCAGCAGCAGAUGCAAAUGCAGGGACGGCCCGGCGGCCCUCAGAUGGGCAUGGGUGCCCCGGGGACGCAGGGCAUGGCCAACAUGACGCCCCAGCAGAGAGCCGCGCAGAUGGCCAACGCCCAGGCUGCGGCCGGUCGCAUCACGCCUGCCAUGGCAACCCACGAUCCCGGUCUGAUGGCGAGCAUGAUUGGACCGAAUGCCAUGCCGAACGGCGUUCCACGCGCCCCAACACCUCACGAAGCUUCUAGCGCGCAGCAGCAGCAACAGCCGGGGCCAUCGCAGGGGCAGACACCCGGACAAUCGGGCGGGAUGCAGCAGCAGAACCACGCCGGCGGCAUGCAGCAGUUCCAGCAGCCGCAGCCCCCGGGCGGCGGCAACAUUCCGGCUCGGCCGCCUUCGAGCCAGGGCCGUCCAGAAGACGUCGGACAGAACAAUAACAACAACUUCAGCCAGGCCAAUUCGUCUCCGGCAGGUGCACAGCGGCCAGGGAUGCAACGGACCGCCUCGUCGCAGGUGGUCGGAGGCAUGGGUCCUCCCGGACCUCAGAGCAUCUCGAGCCCGAGUCCUCGGACGCAGGCGGGAGGUCUGCAGCAGCAGGCCUCCCAGCAACAAAACGCUCAGGCGGCUGGCUCGCCGGCGGGCAACGUGCCGAGCACGCCCAAGAUGGGCACGGCAGAGAAGCCAAAGAAAGGCGCAGCUCGACAGAGGAACACCAAGUCGGGCGCCAACACCAAGACGCCGACGCUGUCCGCAUCGUCGGUUCCGGGCAGCAACGGCCCGGCCAAUGCGGGCGGUCCCGGCGCCUCAACCCCGACUCAGGCCCAGACGCCGGCCAGCGCGAGCGCGCCAACACCCGGCAGGGACGGUCAGGCUCCGGCGAUGGCACAGACGCCUUCGGCCAAGGGCAGCGCGGCCGGCGCUGGAGCAGGAGCCGACGCCUCACACCAGAGCUCGCAGAGCUCCUCGCAGCCCACUGCAUCCGCAGCGGCCCCUACCAGCACAUCGGCGCCGGCGCAGCACACUUCUCAGACCAUGCUGCCGCCGGGCGCACCGCCCACAUCGGCAGGCGGGCGCGCAGCCAGCCCCUCCGCUGGCCGCCGACAGCAGCAGUGGCGCGCCAAAGAGCGGCAUGGGCGCAGGCGCAGCGAGUGGCGCGCCAAAGAGCGGCGAUGGGCGCAGGCGACCUCUCCAACCCCACGCGGAGACCCGUCGGGCAACGCCGGAGCCGGCCUCGGCAACGACGACUUCUCGAUGUUCGGCUUCGGCGGAUCGAUGAACGACAUCUUCGACUUCGAUCUGUCCACCGACGGUACGGGCGGCGGCUCGGCGGGGCUUGGGGGUGACGCCUGGGACAGCAACUUUGGCAGCCUGUUUUCGGGCACCGACGGCAUGAACGGGAGCUAG